AUGGCCGCCAAAAGGAGGCAAGAAGAAGAUAAUAAAAUUAUUUAUGAGCGAAUUAAUAAUUUGGAGUACAUUAAGGCGGUUUCGGGAGAAAAGUAUGAGGAAGAAAAAGUUGACCGACAACUGGAUUCGACUUUUCGCCGAAACAAAAAAUCGCUCUGGUAUAGCACCCUAUUUAAAGCAGUUCCCCAGUACAUUAUUAUUCCAAACAUUCCAACUUUUUUUAUGGCUUUGGCACUCCUUUUUUACUCCGAAAGCCCCAAAAUGGGAACUGUUUUCUUAAUCAGCAAUUUUGUCCGGUAUUUUUUUUCAGUAAGAAGUUUAAAUAAUGAAGUCAAUAAAAUAAUUGAAGCAAUGUUAACCUUGGAUGAACUUUCCAGCAGCCUAACCAUUGCGAACGAGAGCGCGAAAACUUUAAAUUACCCAACUACUCGGGCUGUGCCAACUGCUCCUGCCCCCAAAAUUCCUUUCCAAAAUGGUGACAUUGUUUUUCAGAAUGUCGUUUUUGCUUACCCCAAACGACCACAGCACAAUAUUUUACGCAGUUUUUCUUUCACUUUUCAACAAGGAAAAAUUUACGGCAUUGCCGGCAAAAAUGGCAUUGGCAAAAGCACGAUUACCAAAACUACCCUCAAACUUUAUGAUUUAAAAGAAGGGCAAAUCCUUAUUGGGGAACGUAAUAUUCAGAAAAUAGACACCAUUGACCUCCACCGACACAUUUGUUACCAAACUAAUCGCCCAACCUUUUUCCGCAUGAGCAUUGCCGAGAAUGUUUGCUAUCCUAACAAACACGACCAAAAAGACUACGACAAAUUAGCUACAGCAGCCAAAAAAACUGGCAUUUACGAGUUUAUUACUAAAUUACCACAGGGUUUUGACACCGUGUUGAGAGAAGGGGGCACUGACCUCUCUGAAGGCCAAAAACAACAAAUUUCCGCCAUGAAAAUGUUUAUUAACGACUAUGACAUUUAUAUUUUGGACGAAAUAUUAAGCAACGUUCACCCUAAUUUGAAAGAGAAAAUUUUACGCAAUAUUUUCACUAAACUAAAAGGUAAAACAGUCUUGGUAAUCGACCAUCACUACGAAAUAUUUCAAUAUGUUGAUUAUAUUUAUCAAUUUACGGGUGAAAAAUUAAUCAAAAUGGAUAAGAAGGAAUUUUUGUCAACGGAAUAG